GGCUACGAUAUACAUAGAUUAACAUCGACUAGUCAGGGGGACGCCGGAAUUCGAGGCUAAGCCCUACCCCAGUGUAAGCAGCGGGUUCGCCUGCUUGGUUCCUCAUUUCCAGUUCGCUGUCGGAGCCGGCGCGAUGAGCAGCAAAGAUAGCAGCCCUCAGGAGAAGUACAAACUGGUGGUAGUUGGAGGCGGCGGGGUCGGCAAAAGUGCUCUCACGAUUCAGUUCAUUCAGUCUUAUUUUGUAUCGGAUUAUGACCCAACCAUUGAGGAUUCCUACACCAAGCAAUGUGUCAUUGAUGACCGGGCUGCAAGGUUGGACAUUUUGGACACUGCUGGACAAGAAGAGUUCGGAGCAAUGAGGGAACAGUAUAUGCGUUCGGGUGAAGGCUUUCUCCUUGUCUUUGCUAUCAAUGAUCGGGGAAGCUUCGAUGAAAUCAGUAAGUUCCACCGACAGAUUCUCCGAGUCAAGGACCGAGAUGAAUUUCCCAUGAUUCUCAUCGGGAACAAGGCAGACCUUGAGCACCAGCGACAGGUAAUGAAAGAGGAGGCUGAGAAUCUUGCAAGGCAGCUGAAGGUGACCUACCUUGAGGCAUCAGCCAAAAUCCGAUUGAACGUAGACAACGCGUUUCACAGCCUGGUGCGGGCAAUACGGAAAUUCCAGGAGCUGGAGAGCCCACCUAGCCCACAGCCCAAGCCCUCAAAAGAAUCCAGUGGCUGUCCCUGUAUUGUCCUGUGAGGUUCCCCCUCCCCCCACAAACCCCCUGUCUUUGGCAGGAGUUGGCUUUGAUCUGAGCCGACCUCUGUUCAUCUGGUCCACUCUCUUCGUCCACAGCAUCAACUGACUGCACUCGCCCCUCACCCUUUCGUGGCCACCAUGGAACCAUCAUGAAGACUUUGCUACUGCACCCUCACUCUGCCAGUGAGAUGCCUACUGCUCUGUCAGGAAAGCGAGGAGCUUGUUGCUGGACUUACAGUUUACUGUCUUCCUUUGAACUUUUCACUUAUUUUUAAUCUUGAUAAGGAAAAAAAAUGUCUUGUAAAGUUUGAUCUUCCUUUUGUUAUUUGUGGUGUAAUACUGGGGAGCCGUGGUGGGGAAUGGGCACUGUCCAGGCAGGAGAGGGUCGAAGUUUCGGUGCCAACUGUGUUGAGGGUUCGGAGAAUUGGGGCACGGGGGCAAGAUUGAUUCUGAGGUUAAUCUUCUCCAUUGACGCUAUGGAUGUGUGUGGUUCAUCGUGUUUCUAACUGGUCAUUGGGUAUGGGGGUGGGGUUGUGGGAAACAAUGUCCCAAUGUGUCCCUUCCUGAAAAGAUCCUGGGCACCGUCCAGGCUGGACAUUGGUAAGGGAUGGUAUGGGUAGCCUGCUGCCCAGGACCUGAUUGCCAAAGACCAGCGCGCGAUUCAGAUUCUGAAUUGGCUCAGAUGGGUUCCUAAUCGAUACAGACCCAGAGACAAAACAGUUUCGACGUCCGGGUCGUACCCCAGGGCCACGUGUGGGAAAUGGAGACACAGGGGAUGCCGUGAGGUUGGGGUAUGGUACUGGGACAGAGCACAGAGAGAGCUUUUCUCUGUGCCCGUCAUGCCAUCUAUGUGUCUGAAACUCCUCCAUUCUCAGCAGCCAGCAUUGCCUUUUGUGUUUUUUUUUACGGCCAAUUGUGGAUCCUACUGGCACCAGGCUCGUCUCUGGAUUAAUAUUGAGCCGGGCCUGGCCAAGAUAGUGCAGUAGGAACGCCAGAGUUGUGCUCAGCACCUUUGGAUAGAGGAAAUAUUCCCAGUCAGGCCUUAAAGAAGUGUGUGCACAUGUGCACUAAUGUGGGAGUGUCCAAUGAUCCUUUAUCUUAAAAAAAAGGGAACAUGGUGGACUUGAUAGACUAAUCAAAUUGUAGAAUCCCUACAGUGUGGAAGUGGCCAUUCAGCCCAUCAAGUCUACACUGACCCUCCCAUCCAGGCUCAAUCCCCUGCCCAAUAUUUCCCACAGCUAACCUACCUAGUCUGCACAUCCCUGGACACUACGGGGCAAUUCACCAAUGGCCAAUCCACCCUAACCUGCACAUCUUUGGACUGUGGGAGGAAACCUAUGCAGACACGGGGAGAAUGUGCAAACUGCACGCAGACAGUUGCCCGAGGGUGCAAUUGAACCUGGGUCCCUGGUGCUGUGAGGCAGCAGUGCUGACCACCGAGCCACAUGAUCAUGACACUGAGGUUUCACUCGUGUGUCUACCCUUCUUCAUCCAAACCAGCAAUGGUGUUCUGUAUACCCUCUGGAUUUGCUCAUGUGUCAGCUUUCCUAUGCGCACACUCUGUUUCUCCCCCACUUCCACUCUUUUUCUCCCCCCUUUGCCCCCACCAUCUCCCCGCUACCCCACCUUCCCGCCCCCAACUAUCUGCUCCAAUGCAACUCACUUGAACCUUGACCCUCCAGCCUGCCUGCUCCCAAAUGUGCUCUCUCCUCAGCGAGCAAUUUUCCAUCCAGCAGAGCCAGUCAGUCAGCAGCUGGAGAUUGAGGAGUAUCCCAAUUCAAAUUCCUGACAUUCUCGGAAUGUUUUUGUAACAGCCUGUUUGAGGUGAGUGACAGGCCCUCAGAACACACGGCUGUGCUUCACUCCCUUGAAGCCAGAGUCCCUGGUUUUAUCCAGCUUGAGGUGUUGUCCAGCCUCAGUAACAGUUGGUUUGUAAAUAGGAAGAGGCAUGAGUAAUGGAGGCUGCUCUCGGUGAUCCCGAUGUGCCCAUGCGUGGGGUACACGCGCAAACAUUAACAUUUGGAUGUAUCUGAUGGUCCGGAGGGACUGUGCGGGUGGAGUGUUCCUCCGGUGUGAGUGCUGCAUCUUGUUGCUGAAUAGCGAGAGGUGUUAAGCAUUUUCCCUGUGUUUUGUAAGGAAGGCGUUCUUUCUUUCUUAAAGUUAAAUCAGUUCAUGCGGUUGAAAGGGUGAGCAGUUUCCAUUUGUCAGGUCUGAGUUGGGAUUCUCUGCAGAACAGAGGGGUUUGUCAAGAUCUCCGCACAGUCUCUUGGCAGCAUGCUCAAUCGAUUGGUCACUUAGUGCUCCGUUAUAGAAAGGUUACCACGUAUGUCUGCUCACUCUUCAUUAGACAACCAAUGAAACCAUCUUCUCCGGAGAGAUUGUGUGUAUUAGUGUGUCAGUGCAUGUGCGUCUGUCUCUGUAUCUGAGUUUGUAUGUGUUAGUCUGUAUAUGUUAGUUUGCAUAUGUAGUUGUCGUGUGUGUGUGUGUGUCUGGGUCGCUGCCUCUAUACGUGAGUGUGUGUGUGUGUGUGUGUGUGUGUGUGUGUGUGUGUGUGUAUGUCUCUUUGUCUAUAUCUGUGUUAGUCUGUAUAUGUAUUUGUGUUGUGUGUGUGUGUGCGCGUGUGUGAAUGCGUGAGUGUGUGUGUGUUCGUUUUGUUUAUGUGUGUGUGUGUGUGUGUGUGUGUGUGUGUGUGUGUGUCUUUGUAUCUGUUAGACUGCAUAUGUAUUUGUGUCAUGUGUGUGUGUGUGUGUGAGAGAGAGAGAGAGUGUUCAGGCCUACGUCCGGGGGACUGUGGCACCACUGGUAGUUGCACAGAGCUGACCCUGUGGUGGGUGUUUCUCCUCAGCUGAACUGGUAACUGAUAACUGGGACCAUUUUGCAGAGCCUUAAUGGCCUCAAGAACUUUUGUUGGUCUUUUAAAGAACAAAACUUUAGAAUUGUGAGGAACUAGUGGCUCAUGCUUUUUCCCCCCAGUGGAAGAGAUACAGAGGUGGGUUCAUCAACACCUAACCGACUACCGGCCCACACUCAACACUCUCCAAAUUUUUUUAAUAAAUAGUUUCCUGGUCUCCUCCUGCAGGGCGAUAGUAGUUGCUUUCUGCUCAAAGGUGAGGUAGGAGAUGGCAGGAGAGUUGCCCAAGGGGUGAGAACUGCCAGUCUCCAGCUCUGAAACACCGAGAACAGCUUUUGAGAUUAACCCAGGAUUGUCCAUGUGCGAGAGGGACAUGUGAUGAGAGAAUAUCUCGUUCUGUGUGAUUGCGAUAUGCGCCAGUCUCCUGUAAGUCACCACACACUUCUCCCCUAGUCACCACACACAGGAACUCCCUCACCUCAGAAAUACAAUUCCACUGCCUGUUUCCACAGCAGUGUUAGCUGUGCUUAUGCACAGUGGCUGUUGUCUGUACAAUUUGAAUAAUUUGCGUCUAACGAUUGUUAGAUACUGGCUUUUAAUGUACAGUUAGAGGUGCAAUGUGUUUUAUAGUCCCCUCUCUGUAAAUGUCAUUCAAAAUAAUUAAA